CGUGGCACACGAUGUUAAUCGUGACCAAAUUCUUAUCAAAAUGGCGGCCUUAGGAAUCUCUGUAAGAAUGAAAGGUACACACACUUCCGCAGUUAUCUCCCUUCUGGUGAUCGUUGUUUCAAUGAUCGAUUAUAUCAAUGCGGGAGGACCACUAUGUUACUCGUGUUUACACGUGGCACAUCAAAGAGACUGCACUCGUAUCGUGCAAUGUGGAAGCCAUCAGAGGUGCUUUGGCAGGAGAUUUCUUACCCCAGAUGGGCUGAUUUAUUUUUCCUCCGGAUGUGAAUCAAUAGCGGGAUGUGGAGCGAGACGAUCCUACAACCUGGACCAUACAAACACCUUGCUGCAGAAGGCGUCAUUAAGGGCGGGGAACGGAGAUAUUCAGGCCUGCGACCAGUGUUGUCAGGGGGACUAUUGUAACCUGCAACUCUGUGACAUUCCAAUACAGUUAAAACAGCGAUGUCUGUUUUGUGAUGACGUCAUAAAUCCCGAGGAUUGCAAUCUUUCUCUUCAAUGUGACGAAGAUCAGUAUUGCUACACGGAACAUAUCUAUGUGAAUGAUGAAAAGAGAUUCAGGAUGGGAUGUGCCCAAAAAAGUGGAUGUAUAGUUGCUCAGGAACCAGUGGUCGGGAGAAGAGAUUCCCAUGGUUACAGAAAAGCCCCGCCCACAGAAAGCCACGGAAAAGCUCCGUCCAUAGAACGCUACAGAAAGGCCCUACCCACCGAUCGGACGUACUGCGCUAAGUGUUGUACAGGACCUAACUGUAACAGGGACCUCUGCACAUCUAGAACAGUUAUUAACCAAUACGAAUUGAGCUCACCACCACCACUCGUGCUGUGUCAGGACUAUGACGAGUCAGCUUGCAGAAACGGACUAACUAAUCCCAGUUUUUGUCAGGACCAAGUCAAUAGACAACUGCAUUGUCCCAGGACCUGCAACACAUGCAACGGACCUCCCAUCCCUCCUCCUGCAACAACCAUAACCACGACACCAGGUGUCGCUGUUACAACUCCCGCGACUGUUGGACCAUGCGUAGACGGAGCUAACUGCCAACAGUACGCGUCCUUCUUCUGCAAUCCCUCAAACCCAGGCGGACUCGAUGUAUGUCCCAUCACAUGUAAAAAACCAGAAUGCACAGGUGGCACCACGGUAAACCCUACAUCGCUACCCUGUGAAGACCCCAUUCCUUCGUGCCAGUGUGAAUAUUUGCAAAAUAACUUGGACAUAUGUAGCGAUGGGGACCCUGAGCUUCAGAAAUUCUGUUGCUUUUAUUGCAAGAAAUUUCAUGACCCCAGCUGGGUUUGCUCUGCUCAAGACAAGACAAUAUGUAAUGCAUACGAAAAACCAUUUUCAACAGAAAUUGCAGGGCUGAAUAUCACCUGUCAUACAAAUUAGCAUUAAAUACGUAUGUAAUACU